UUUUUUUAAAAAAUAGAGUAAAUAAUCAGCGAAUAUUUUCAAUUGAAGAAUCAGCGAUGAGUUCAGUUUCUUCAGUGUUUGUCGCUCCUUUUAAGUUCUCCGGAUUCCGAUCUAUUCCUUCCUUUAAUCCGUCGUCUCCGCCGCCGUGUUUCCGUGUGGUGUGCCGUAGCGGAUCACCUCAGCCUCCGCCGUCCACCGAUCUCAGAUUCGCCUUGCAUGAUGCUCUCGAAUUCUUUGAAUUCGAUACGUCUCACGCCAGAGAGGCUAGGAAGAAUUUUGUUUCACAAAUUCAGAAAUUAUCUGUUAUCGAGAGAGAAACAAGUAUUUGCAUAAAUAGGUGUGUUGAUCUAGCGAGAACCGCUCUUUACGUAGCAGCAGAGGAUGUCUCUCUCGUUUCGCACUCUUCGGAUCCUCUUCCGGUGGAUGCUUUCCUCGAAAGAUUGGAUGAUCUCUCCAUGGGCUACUGCUCUCAUUAGGGCUGUAAAUGAGAC